UUAUAAUGGUAUCGCAGAUCGUUUUUCUGCACAAUUCUAGCUUAUGGGGGUUUUCCUGAUACUUGAAGAAUAUAUAAGGCGGAAACUGUAAUAUUGAGGAAAUUUUGAAGGGAAAAUUAGAUAAAAAAAAAAAGUUGCAGGCGUGGGAAGAGAGAAGAAGAGUAAGCCCUAAAAUUUCAUCGGAGAAGAGAAACAUGUCGACGAGGCGAGAAAGCAGAGAUUCAGACCCAAAACGACAGCGUUCAAGAAUCGAUCGCGAACCCAGCCCCAAGAGAUCAAGAAGAGAUGGCAAACCUGAAGCUGAACGAGUUCUGAUUAAGAAGGAUUUGGAUGUUAGGGAGGGUACUGAUGCAGAGAAGAAACCACGUCAGUCCUUGAGAGAUGCUGCGCCGUUGGAACCUGAUGCUCAUGGUUCGAAAAAAGACAGUGGAAAGAAGCACUCCGGGCAUCAUGAGACCACCAAACAAGCUUCCCAUCUAUCUCAAGUGCCUCGUUCUAGACCCUAUUCUCAGCAUGAUGAUCUUCCUAGUGAUGGAAAAGGUGACAGAAGACCAACUUCUGAGAGAGGAUCGUGGAGAAGUUCAAGAGAUCAGAGUAACCGAAGAGGUGGAGAUGAUGACAAGUCACAGCAUCGUAAAGACGAAGACAAAAGCUCGUGGCGACAUGAUAGCGACACCCAAGGAGCACUCUCUAGGAAACGACCGGCCUUCAGGGAGAAGAAGAUCGCAGAGGGGAACAACACAGACAGAACAAGAACUGAGGAGGGAAAAGACACGAAUCUAAACAAUCGCAGACAGAACGAGAGAAACUGGAGGAGAAAUAUGCAUUCAGAAAGACAUGAGAGACCAGCAAUGGGAAGAGACAGAGUGUGGAACAGAGAUGAUGAAAGAGGCGCGGGAAGCAGACAGAGUUAUCGAGUUGAUAGAGACAGAUUCAACGGCAAUGGGCGUAGUGGGUUUAGCGGAAGCUGGGCAAGGAAUGAGAAGAAAUGGGACCAUGACUUGUUCGAGGAGGCGAACAAGAGUCCAGCCAAAGCCACUGAGGAAGAACAGAUUGCAAAAGUUGAAGCUUUGUUGGCUUCUUGAAGCAGCAUAUGUUAUGAAUUCGCCUCUAACAUUAUAAUAUCUCAGUUUGCAAGUGUAGAAGAUGAUUUCUGAGUUUAUAUAAUGGAACUCUCUUCUUUUUUCCAAGAAA